CAAAUUUAGGUGGCAGUGCCCAUCAUUAACACUCUCGUUCAGCCUAUCAUCGAACAAGUUUCUCGGAGUCCGGUGAGCCCGUGCGACCUCCCUGCGCCAUGCAUUUUGCAAGCGAUUGGACGCAGCUUGACAGCGCGGCGGCUCUGCAGCAAAAGGCGCUGUCCACAUGGGGAGUUGAGAUGACGCGCCACCAGCUGCUCCAGGUUGGUCCCGCAUCCUACAAAACCUGUUCACACCAGCAAUAGACCAUGCCGUUGUGAAGUCAAAGCCUCAUACUCAACAUGGAGCUGAGCCAUCUGUUGGUGGAUGCGGUAUGGCGACCAAGCUUUGUGUUGAAACAUGGGUUCUUGAGAGCAAACUGCGACUCUUCAGGCCAGAGAGAUCUAGAACCGAUACCGUGGCAUCUCUCACAGAACAAUCCGAUUAAUCGGAUCAACACCCUUGAGAAUAGAGGCUCGAGGUGGAGGAUCGAUGGAGCGACUCGUUGCGGCACACAGUUCUUCGUGACACCGAUCUUUCAAACCAGCCUGACACCUUUACGUGUGGAUGUCUUCGUCCCCGACCAAGAGAGUCACCCCCAGCAUCUCCGGUUUGCUCUCGAUUCUUCUCUGUCGGUAGCUUUAAGAGAUGGUACAGCUAUACGAAGCUUGGGAAUAUCACGUCAUAUCUGCAAUGCUCUCGAUCAUGUCUGUGAUCGUGAUCCUGAUUUCUUGAGUCGGUAUCAAAGACUACCAUUUGGCUCAAAACUCUACUUCACCAAUAUCGACGCAGAUGUCGCCAAGAUGGAAUUGGUCACAUUCCACUCUCAUAACCUGGAACGUCAAUUUAUCACCCUCGAAGCCCUUCAAGCAGAGUACACGGACAGCAGGACUUGCAUUGAUUGGCCCAGACCUAUAGACAUUACCAAGCUGCGUUUGAUCCAACAAAUCCAUGACUCGAUCAGCCUUGUCGAGGUGUUGGAGGAUGACACACCAACACGACGUCUCCUCAUAUUCAAAUCGAACACGAACGACCAUCAGCACUUGUACAACGAGCUUGCACUUCUGUCGCGUAUGCCGCCUCACCCCAAUAUCAUGUCACGGCCAAUACACAUCGUCACCAAGAAGGGCGCUUUCGGAAACAAGCACGGAGUUGUCGGAUUCACACUGCCUUACCAUUCCAAAGGCUCCAUACGAGAUCUUCUUCCCCGAGAGACUCGCGGUACAGGAUUCUCGAUGCAGCGCAGACUGGACUGGGCACGACAAGUCACUUCCGCUCUUGUGCACAUACGUAGAGAAGCUGACACCUUUUACUCCGAUCUAAGGCCCGACAACAUUUUGCUCAAGGCUAAUGGUGAUAUUGUUCUCUGCGACUUUGAACAGAGAGGCAAUUGGCACGAAUGGGGUGCCCCUGAAGUCUUGUUCCGUCAGUAUGUCAAGAAUUUGACAUCACAAAAAGACUCAUUUGAGGUAUCUACUCGGUGGCGUAAUCUACUACGCAUGUAUGAAAUGCUGGACGAUUCAACCUCCGCUAUCUCGGGAACUUAUAUGUCAAAGAUAAACCCAGUGUGGGCUCAGCUCUCAGGGGCAGAACAAGAGAAGGCCAUGGUAUUCUCACUUGGGUUGUUGAUCUACUGUCUGUUUGAAGGCAUUAGCAAUGUGAGAAACAACAUUGCUAAUACCUGGCCCAUCGACCCGGACAUAGAAUUUCCUCGCUUCCGCCAUACGCCAGAAAGUUUGCGUCGGAUCAUCAAGUGCUGCACGCUGGACGCGUCUGAGUGGGAUUUGGGGAAUGAAGAAGCGACAAACCCAAGUCCUGGUGGUGUUAAUCUACUGUCUCGUGUUAUCCGUCAAGGUUCGAGGCUGGUCGUUGAUGCUUCAGAGAAGAGCAGUCCAGUAGAGGUUAUUGAUACAGCGAUGUCCUGGUGGACAAGAGAGUUGGAGCGCGCAGAACUGUAUGGCACAAGUCGCGAACGUGUUCGCGGUAUGGCAGGGUCAAAACGUCCAACACUGCAAGAGGUUUCGGUAAUGCUGGACAACCUAGAGGUAACGACUUGACUUGCUUGUUUUACUGCCUAAUUCUAUACUACACUUGCUCCAAUGUGCAAUCUGACUUCUGCUU